CACUGAUAAAUGCCAGAAACAAAUCCAACCGCAUACCGUCUGUCAGUGUGCUCACUAUCUGUAGAUCCUUCUACCUGAACAGACUACAAGCAUAUGAUAAGCCAACAUCAGGACGUAAUUCUACUUUAGAAAUGAAGCUGCAGGUGAGUGGGACAUGAGGACCUUGCUCUCUGUUUGGGAGCGUGACAGAGGUGUAGGGGGACAGUCCCGGAACCUCCGCAGUAAAGUGAGCCUCGUCAAAAAGCGACUUUGGCUCCGAAGAAACUUCAGUGAGGAUAUCCACACAGACAACGAGCCCGGCGUUUGGCUACAGAGGUUUCAGUCUCUGGAUAUAGACCAGCAGUAUGAGGACCCAGUGCAGGAGUGGGGUGAGGAAGAGGACAAUGGUGCAAUUUUUGGGAUCACUCUUCGUCGGGAUCCUGUUGUUCCAAGUCCCGAGUCUCUGGAUCUGCCCACGGUAUUCACUUUCUCCCAAUACCACACGGUGAAGGUGCGCAGGCUGAAAGCGGCCUCUCUGGACCGCCUUGUCUCUCAUCUUUUGGACCAUGAAAACCAAGAACCAGACUUUGCUCGGGUCUUCCUGUCCACCUACAGGGCCUUUACUUCCUCGACCGCCCUCAUCGAGCUGUUGUUUCAGAGGCAUGAUUUCGUGGUCAACUCUGAUAACGCUGUUAGCACUCGCAGUGGCCUGUCUCCAGUGGUGCGCCUGUGGCUGGAGGAGUUCAGUGAGGACUUCCAGGAGCCUCCCGAGUACCAGGCUCUGAACCUGCUUGGGUCCCAACUCAAACGCAGGGUCUGCUUUCGACGCUUGGCCCAAACUGCUGAAAACCUCCUCAAGAAACUCAAGGAGAAAGAUUGUUUCCAUUUGUCAACACUGCAGCUGAAUGAUCCAUACCAAGAGGAUGUGACGGAUUGUUCAGGGAAAAACAAAACCCUCUUGGACUUUCCUGUGGGGAAAGUGGCAGAGCAGCUGACCAGACUGGAUGCGGAGCUAUUUGUCAGAGUGAAGCCUUUUCACUGCCUCGGCUGUGUCUGGUCCCAGCGAGACAAAAAGGAAAAUCGUAACAUGGCUCCAACUGUCCGUGCCACCAUCUCACAGUUCAAUACCGUGACUAACUGUGUCAUUACCUCUCUGCUGUGUCCCACAACCCCACCCUCCUCUUCCUCUCCAAAUGCAUCUCCUCACUCCUCCAUGAUCUCCCUCUCCUCCCCCUUGUCCAGCCCCAUGUCCCCUCGGAGCUCGCACACUAACUCCACCCACCGAGCACAAGUCAUAGAGAGGUGGAUCGCUGUAGCACAGGAAUGCAGAGAACUGAAGAACUUCUCCUCUCUCAGGGCGAUCCUCUCGGCACUUCAGUCCAAUGCUGUGUACCGCCUCAAGAAGACCUGGGCAGCCGUCAGCAGGGAGAGCGUGGUUUUAUUUGAAAAUCUCUGCGAGAACUUUCCAGAUGAAAACUGUGUGCUCACGAAUCGAGAGAUCCUUGUUGAGGAUGACAGUGCUUCUCCUGGUUCAAAAUCUCCACAGCUUUCCCAGAGAAAGAUGACAUGUAGCACUGGUGUCAUCCCAUAUUUGGGCACUUACCUGACCAUCCUGACCAUGCUGGACACUGCCCUCAAUGACACAGUGGAGGGUGGACUCAUCAACUUUGAGAAACGUAGACGAGAAUGUGAGAUUCUUACUCAGAUUCAACAGCUCCAGGCUUCUUGUUCUCACUACAGUUUCUCAGUUGACACAGAAAUCACCGACUGGGUUCAAGGUCACUCAGUGCUCACUGAUCAAGAGAGCUAUGAUCUGUCUCGUGAACUGGAGCCCCCUGUUGACCCAUGCCCACAUUCUCCAAAUUUGUGGGCCCACUGCCUUCGACCAAAGAAAAUACCCCUGUUGCGAUCAGGCAGUGACAGCUCGUCUCGAAGGACUCACUCAGAUCAGAUCAGUGUUUGCUCCUCCGGUUCAAGCAGCUCAGACAUGGAGGAGCUCAAUGUGCCCAACCCCUAUCCACUCAGGCUCAAACUCAAGUCUUUCUCUGGCUCCCUUCACAACGUCGCAGAGGACUUGUCUUCACUGUCUCCCAGUUUGUCCAGUUCGUCUGGCAGUUCGUCUCACCCAGACCUGAGCCUCGCCUCUCUGGGUCCUGACCCGUCCCACUCCCCCCGCCCGUCCCACUCCCCACAGCCGCUCUACAACAAACAGGUGGAUGACUCAUGCAUCAUCAGGGUCAGUGUGGAGAGUGUCAGCAAUGGGAGCGUCUACAAGAGUAUUCUGCUGACAAGCCAGGACCACACCCCUCAAGUCAUACAGAGAGCUCUGGAGAAGCACAACAUGGAGGAAGUCAGCUCCACAAACUUUGGUCUCUAUCAGAUGCUUAGCCAAGGAAAAGAGCUCCACAUUCCCGACAAGGCCAACGUAUUUUAUGCCAUGAGCACCACGGACAAUUACAACUUUGUUUUACGACAACGAUGGAGGAGCCACCAGAAACUCUUUGGCCCAUCAUCAAGUCCGAGGUCAAAUCACAAAACUCGCAUUAGCAGGUGAAAAGCAAUACUGUGGAACAUUUUCAAGACUGCAGCUUUCCAGCAGAAAGAAGAAACCUGCCACUGCACAGCUCCUCUUAUUAAUAAGCUCAACAUCAUACAGCUUUUUGGAUCAGGCCUGGAAAUUAUAAUAUGAAGUUACAAUGACCAUUUGAAGUUGCCACUGGAGCCUACAGUGUUUUGCAUAAGCAUAAUAUUUCCUUCCAGUUAUCUAGAUACAGGACUUUUCCUUUCCACAUUUUGGAAAUGUCUUGCCAGUUUUGCGAGGAAAAAUACAAAAAAAAAAAAAAAAAAUGAAAUGUUGACUCCAUUUAAAUAUAUCUUGUCAUCUUUUUCCAUUGAAUUAUUUUAUGUUGUGUUCUGUUAUUUACUUCAAAGUGAAUAUUUAAAAUAUAAACUUAAUUUAACAUAAAAUACUGAGAUAGACUAAUAACAGACUAAUAUAUUUAAAUGGGGUCAAAACUGUAUUUAUUGUUUGUUAGCACAGUCCUUGUCUUGCCAUUGUGUUUUGAUGCAUUUUAAUUAUUUCACUCAUUGUAUUUUAUGUAAAUAAUAUAUAUUAAUAUUAUUUAUUGCACAUCAGUAUUCAGCUUUUAUAGAAAAAUAUUAAAAGGAAUAGACACAAGUGGUUACUAUUUUCAAUCACAGUCUGUCAGUAGUUUUGUAAAUAAGCUGUAAAUCUAUUUCGAAAGGCACAACUUUAAUUAGUAUUUUUUGGAAAGGAAGGAUAUGCUACUAGUAUUCACUUUAUCACAUUACCACUUUAUUGACCAGUGUAUUUGCUUCUAACAGCAAACAUAUUGAUUGUUGUGAAAGUAUGAAGAGAGUCUCUGAAUGUGAAAACUAAAUGUUAUGGAUGUUGAAUAAUUGUGUGAAGCAUUGAAUCCAGUGAUGCAAAGCUGUUUUCAAACCCAUAGAGGUAUACCAGUCUGAUAUUGAACGAAAAUGUAUGUACAAGGGUAAAAUAAGCUUAAGUUGUGUUCGGAGGAGAUUGCAUCACAAUAUUUCAAUGUCUUUUGGUUUAAACGUGAACAGUUGGUGACUUACCGGCAGCUGAAGUAAAUGAAGGAUCUUUGGUGACUGUCUUGCUCAAAUGCUCUUUUGUAUCCAAACAAUAUUUGUUUUUAAGUAUUUUUGGCUACUUUAUGUAUUUUCUCAUUUUUGUUUAAAGGCAUAAAUUAUUCUUCACUCCUACACAUAAGCACUUAAAUAUAAAUAAUAAUAAUUAAUUCAUAAUAAUAUUAAAUAGUAAUUAUUCACCAAA